AUGCAAACACACAGACACCACCCCUGGCAUUCCACCUUUGGCAUCAAGGCCCGCUGGGUUAUUCGCACCCGCUACCCCGGCCUGUUGGUUCAGAGGUUCAGAGUCCCCCCCUUCCUCAUCUCGGAGGGUGACCAGGAGCAGGUGCCGUGCCCGGCCGAGUGCCCCCACGAGCCCGGCCGCCCCGUCUGUGCCUCCGACGGGACGUUUUACCCGUCGCCCUGCGCCUUCCAGAAAGCCCGCUGUCGCCAUCCCACCCUGCAGGUUUGGCCCCGUUUCCGCUGCAGAGGAGCCGCCCAGCGCGAGAACAACCGUGCCAAUUUGACCCGGUGUCAAGAAGACCGAGCAGCCGCCCUCGCCAAAUCCCGGCGCCAGACGCACGCCCCCUACGUGCCCGAAUGUGGCGACAACGGCGCCUUCAUGGAGGUCCAGUGCCAUAAACAAACCGGCUACUGCUGGUGCUCCUCGCCGGAAGGCAAGCCCAUCGCGGGAACGUCCGCCCUGAACCGAGCGCCCAAUUGCACAGGAAUGGAUUCAGCGGGAACUUCGUGGCAUGAUGCCAAUUCUUCUAAGCGAGAAGGCGGUACCGGCCCACGGCCUACUCAGCCCAGCCCCCUGCCCCGCAGGCAGCCAGAAGGCACCACCUUGCCUUUCCUGAUUCCCAUCAUCCUUCCGGAUUUCAAGGCCAACCACACGGUCAAGCCGGCUCCAGAAUAUCCACCGUCGUGCGAACAGGAACGGCGGGAAGCCAUCCACGAGGCUCGCCAGCACCAGCAGGAGGGCACCUUCAUCCCGGAGUGCGAAGGCGACGGCACCUACAAAGAGGUGCAGUGUCACCAAGCCACAGGCUACUGUUGGUGCGUGCGAGUGGGCACCGGACGCCCCAUCCCAGGGACCUCGACCCGAAACUUUCCCCCGGACUGCGAAGCUGAUGCAGCAGCCAAGAGCACAGAAUUAGGGUCCUUGUUCCGAGAUCGAAUUCUGCCCGGUUGUCCCGGGUCAAAGAAAACACAAUUCCUUACACAACUGAUCAAAGCUUUAAGCUCCCACAUGCUGCAGUCCAGGCUGAUGACCAUUCCCUACCGCAGGUUUCCGGAUUCCUUGGCGGCCCCCAGCCUGGAAGAGCGGGCCGUGCGCUGGCAGUUCACCCACCUGGACAGGGACUUCAGCAACGGCGUGAGCGAGAGGGAGCUGCGCCCCUUCAAGCAGUACAUGAAGCAGAACGCCCGGCCCAAACGCUGCGCCCGCAAGUUCCUGGAUUACUGUGAUCUCAGCGGCAACAAGCUGAUCUCGCUGCCCGAAUUCAGAGGCUGUUUGGGGCUCAGCUAA